AUGAGCUUCCAAUUCCCUAGAAAUUCAAACACGGCUACUUUCCUGCCACCAGAAAGAGCUCAAUCGAUCCCCUUCUCCUCUAACAAACUACCAGAAAUUUUCAACCAUUUUUCAGUGAAGCCAACAUCUGUGGAAGCCAAAACAAUUAAGCAAACAAUCGAAGAGUGUGAGGCUCCAGGCAUUAAGGGAGAGGAAAUAUAUUGCGCCACAUCUUUAGAAUCAAUGGUUGAUUUUAGCACUUCGAAUUUUCGAACAAGAAACGUUCAAGCAAUCUCGACAGAGGUAUUGGAAAAAGGUGCCACCAUGUCCAUGCACAAGCAUACAACAAUGCCGGGACUGAAGAAGUUGGCAGGUGACAAAGUCGUUGUGUGUCAUAAGCAGAACUAUCCCUAUGCUGUGUUUUACUGCCAUGUAAUAAAACCAACAGCAGCUUAUGUUCUCUCCCUGAAAGGCGAUGAUGGGGUGAAGAUUAAAGCAGUAGCCAUCUGCCAUCUAGACACAUCAGAAUGGAACCCAAAGCAUUUGGCCUUCCAAAUCCUCAAAGUUAAGCCCGGAACAAUUCCCAUCUGCCAUUUCCUUCCCACUGAUCAUAGUGUCUGGUUAGAGAAGCCUUCAUUUAUAUCAAAGUCCUCAACUUGUAAAGAUAUCAAUGGUCCUAGUGCUGCCACGUGUAAGAAGAUUGAAGAAUAA